AUGCCGCUCGACAUCUCCAUCCCCUCGACGUCGGUGUCCAGCACGGCGGACAAGCCCUUCACCAUCUACACGAUCCGCAUCCAGCAGCCCAUCCGCACCAUCACGACGGCCAAGCGCUACAGCGACUUCGUCCGCCUGCACACCGACCUCACCGCCCAGGCCGGCGGCACCCCGCCGCCCGCCACCCUCCCCGGCAAGUCGUGGUGGUUCACCCGCACCGUCAACAACCCGACCAUGACGGAGCAGCGCCGCCGCGACCUGGAGCAGUACCUCCGCGCCGUCGAGGCCGCCGACGACGGCCGGUGGCGCCACACGAGCGCGUGGCGCACCUUCCUGCAGCUGGGCACGACGAUGCGCUCGUCGCCGUACUCGGAGCACGGGGUGAAGGGGACCGCGAACGGGAACACGAACGGCGGUGGCGGACAUUGGGAGCCGGGCAAGGGCGGCGCCGUGGGCAUCCGCGACCCGGCGACGUGGCUGGCCGUCCACCAGGAGCUCAAGGGGAACCUGCACCAGGCGCGGCUGGCGCUGACGCGCCGCGAGCAGGCGCAGACGGCGCAGCAGCAGCACGAGGCCGGCGCCGCGGCGAAGAAGUACCUCGUGCUCGCGGGCACGCUGAUUUCGGCCCUGGACGACGGCCUGAGGCGGCUGUCCGGCGGAGGCGGUGGCAGCGGCGGCGCCGGCGCCGCCGGGAACAGGAUGAAGAACGGGAGGGCGCCGGUCUUCGUCGACGACGACAGCGACGCCCCGGUCGAGAAGCUCGGCGACGGCGAGCUGCGCCGCCGCCGGGACCUGCUGUCGGGCGCGCGCAAGGAGAAGGAGGGCCUCGAGGGCGUGCUCGGCGCGCUCGCGGUCAAGAGCCUCGCGGCGGGCGGCAGCGGCGCGGGCGCCCCGGCGUCGACGGGCGUCGCGGCGGCCCCCGCGGACAAGGCGCACCUGUUCCGCGGCGGGCUGAACGGCGGCGUCGGCGGCGGGGCAAACGGGCUCGCCUCGAAACGCACGCUGGGCGCGCCGGCCGCGAAGGAGACGUCGCGCACGCGCGAGCUCGACAACACGGGCGUCGUGCAGCUCCAGCGCCAGCUCAUGCGGGAGCAGGACGAGGACGUGGCGGAUCUGAGCCAUGCCGUACGUCGCAUGCGCGAAAUGGGCGUGCAGAUCAACGACGAGCUGCAGUUGCAGAAUGAGAUGCUGCGGAUGCUGGACGACGACGUGGACCGGGUGGACAGCAAGGUCAGGGUCGCGAAGAAGAGGAUUGAUAAGAUCAGGUGA